AUUGAAUCGUCGUGGCCCUGGAGCUUGACGCUGCACAUCACAGUGGAGCACGCAGCAGCACGCUCAGUCACACUCAGACACAAUCCUCACUGGAGAGGUCUUUUUCCACUCUUUUUCUGUUGGACGCCUUUUGGGAUUUUAAGCCCCCUCUUCCAAGGAAUCAGUGGCACUCUCUGAUGUGCCUCAGUCCUUUGUCUGCAUAACAGACUCAGAGCCAGACUGAGGGGAACAGGUCAAAGGGCUCCAGUUUAGCCCCGACUGCAGCUCUAGGGUCAAUUUCAUUUGCCCUGUUUGAGAUCUGCCAGCAACCAUGACCACCAAGUCCAACAGCAGUGUUCUGGCUGGCAAAGCCUCCUCCUACCCUCUAUUGUCGUCUCCAGCUCGUCAACGUCUAGUUGCCAAGGACGGACACUUUACAAUCAAUGCCCCUGCCUGCCCCUCAAACUCAUGGCGUAAAAACUGGGGCAGAGUCUGGCUGCUGGUGCUGCAGGAUUUGUGGGGACUGUUGGUUAGUCUGCGCUGGAGAUGGGUUCUCCUUGCCUUCUGUGCGUCCUUCAUUGCCCACUGGCUUUUGUUCGCCUGCUUGUGGUACUUGCUGGCCCAUCUCAAUGGAGACCUUGCUGUGAAAAAUCAUGACGACCCACCACAGGAUCACGUGGUUUGCGUGAAACAUAUUACAAGUUUCACUGCCGCCUUUUCCUUUUCUCUUGAGACACAGUUGACCAUCGGCUAUGGCACCAUGUUCCCCAGUGGAGACUGUCCCAGUGCCAUCGCACUGCUUGCUGUGCAGAUGCUGCUGGGACUCAUGCUGGAAGCCUUCAUCACAGGUGCAUUUGUAGCCAAGAUUGCCCGUCCUCAGAAGCGAGCAGGAGUGAUCCAGUUCAGUCCGCAGGCAGUAGUGGGCCAACACCAGGGCCAGACGUGUCUAAUGAUACGAGUCGCUAAUCUUGUGCACCGACCUCUGGUAGACGUAAAGGUGAGUGCUGUGCUCUUCGAGGAACAAGAAGGUCAAGCUCUCCACCAGACCUCAAUGGAUUUCCACUUGGACCAUUUAGGGCAACAGCCAUGCCCCUUCUUUAUCUUCCCGCUUACCUUUUAUCACCCGCUGGACCGCCAGAGCCCUCUCUAUCCUGCUCUGUGUGAAGGCACUUCUAACCACUUUGAGCUGGUCGUCUUCCUAACAGCGUUGCAAGAGGGGACUGGGGACUCCUGCCAGAAGAGGACCUCCUACUUACGCCAAGAAAUUCAGUUUGACCGCCGAUUUCUACCUGCCUUAGGGCUGGAUGCUCGGGGCAGGUACCUAGUGAACAAAGAGCACUUUGACACCACCCACUCGAAGGAGCCUUUGAACAAGGAUUGUGUGGUGCAAAUCAAUGGUGAUGACGCUGACAGGAUGGAGUGAACAUGAAAAACAGAAGCUCCAACUUGGACUGCAGGAGGGGUCAUUUGCACACUGAUAUUUUGGUCAGGAGAUUUCAAAUAAAUGUAUUUUUUAACAUGUCAAAUUAUGUCAGAAAUAGGUGAUGCUGUUUGUUCCAGUCAUUAGUUCUACCUUCCUCUGUGCAUUUUCAGUUUGAAGUCUCUGUGCAGCCUCAGCUUCUAUCCUCACCUGCUUUCCUUGGUUCCCAGUUCAUCCAAAACACAGUAAGAUGCAAAUACAGAAGGUACGACACAAGCAGAAAUGUAUGAUCUGAAGCUGUAGACAGAUAUGCAAAUGGCAGCCUAAAUUCAGUCUGGACAUUUUAAAGCGACGUGUGUCAGAUAUUAAUCCAGUUUUCAGCCUUUCUUUGAUAUCUUCCUCUCUCUCUCUCUCUCCAACCCAUUUGCUGUCUUUCUGCUCUUUAAUAAAGCCCACUUGUGGCACAAAACUUAAAAAAAAAAAAGAAAACACCACUACAUCCAUGUCUUAAAUGACGUUUCUAACACCGGAGUGGCCUUCAUAAUGACUAAUAGGCAUAUAUGAAUGAUUAAUUUGUAUAUUAUUGAUUUUCGCAGAUUAUGAAAAUGUUUUGUAUUAUAUUGAAUUUUAUUGUGUCUGAAUAUUUAGCCUAGAGAUAGAAUGUGAGAGUAAAUCUUUAUUUUCCAAAUAUUUUAUUUACAUGUUGCUUAUUUGAUGAUCAUCCUUUUUUUCUAUAAUGUUUCAAAUAAAUCAUUUAGAGGCAGUGAAAUCCUAUUGAACCU